AGGAAGACCUUCGAGCGCGCGAGACGCGAAACCUCGUGGUUUAUCGCGAGAUCAGCGUGAUGUUGUGUUUAUGACCUGAGAGCUGUCUCCUCAAUUUAAGCACUAACGUUAAAAAUGACAUGUGUGAGAGUAAAUGAGAUGUUACUAUGGUUACCAAGGGCAUCCAAACACAACAGAGAGGACCUGAACAGCCUCACACACAGAGAGGUGCCACUUGUGUCUUAAAUCCCCAAAUUAGGCCGCAUCUAUAAAGUCAGAGGCUAAUUAGAAACUGAGAAAAUGCACAAAGUGGAUUUGCCUGUAGAUCAGUCCACAGAAAAGAGUGUGGAGAGGCGAAGGUCUGCAGAGACAGCACGCAAGGAACGGAUCUUCAACACCAGGCUCCGUGUGAUGGGCCUCGACCUUGAUGCUCUCAAUCAACAGGUCCUGGAGAAAAAACAUCAGCAAAAUAUGGAGAUGCAACGGGACAAAGCUUUUGAUAAUCUGAGAAAGUACCACGAUGACAUGCUUCUGCUCCAGGACAUGAAUGAAAAGGAGAAACGAGCAGCUUUGCACACUGAUUUGACCCAGUAUUGGGCCACUUUUCAGCGUGUAGAGGACUCUCGUGAUGCUGAUCUCAAGUGUGGCCUGAAGGGGGCAUACAGGAUCACCGAUCCAAAGAAUAAGAUGGGGCCUGCCAGUAUGCAAAUUUUCAAGGGAGAGGAUAUAGGAGAGGAGCAAAAGAGGAGGGAACAAAUGAAGGAGACAGAAAGAGAUCUGCGAACACAGAAGGAAGAAAAUGAGAGAAGGCUCAUGAGAGACAAGCACAGAGAGAUGCUCGUGAGCAAAGAGCUGGUGCGUCAGGACCUUAUGGGGGUUCAGCUGCGCUCACUAGAGGAGGAGUGUAAGAAAGCUGAGCGCAUCGCACUUGACAACUACAAUCACGCUCUGGCUGCAGAGCGAGAAGAGAAACUGAAAGAGCAGCACAAGAGAGAGGAAAAGGAGAAUCUUGCAGAGAUGGUCCACACACUGACAUCCGAUAUGAUGACAGAGUGUGCAGAGGCAGCGGAGAUGGAGGUGGAAGGAGGGAUGCCGCCCCGGGUUCUCGUAGACAAGUGGAAGGGAAUGAGCCCUGAGCAGCUGAGCGCCAUCCACAGGGAGAGAGAAAAACAACGUCUUGAGAGACAGAAGCAGCGUGAUUCUGAGAAGGCUCAAGAUGCAGCUUGGGAACUCCAACUCCUGAAGCUGUCAAGGGAAGCAGAGGAGGAGGAGAGGAGAGAAGCGGAGCUGAGGAGAGAAAAAAGGUUUCAAACAGACCGCUACAAUGUGCAGCUGGCCAGAGAGCAGCAGGCAAAUCAGGAGUACCUGAACAAGAAGCUAUACACCAACAGACCCACCAAGGAGUACUUUUAUCAAUUCAACACCAGCUCCCGCUGACCACGACACACCUGACACCAGCUUUGUCCUCCUGUGACUAUGUGUUAAUAAAGUCUAUUGAUUGUUAUUCUCAAACACAA